GGAAAAUCCACCAUUCACUGUGGGAUCUGGGAGUUCCGUGCUCCCGAUUCCGGGGCCUAGGACACUGGCUUCUGUUGGAGAGCCUGAAAAUUAACGGUAGCCACAGGUGCCACGUGGGGUAUCCUAGGAAAGUCACCUGUCAGCAGCGGAGUGGCGGGAACCGCAGCCCGGCGGCGCUGGAACUUCCCAGGAGGAGUGGGAAUGCCUAGACCCUGCUCACAUGGCUCUAUACAGAGAUCUCCCGUUGAAGAAACACAACAGUCUGGUUUCUGUGUCAGCAUCUUUCAUGUUUGUUCCAUGGAAAGUUCCAGGUGCUUUUUGAAGAAUCGCUUUCCUUUAUGCAGGUCUCCCACUACUCAACCAGUCCUGCUCACCUGUCAAUUAGAACAAAGAUCCCUGGAUGGUGUAAAGAGAGGAGACAGUGGCAAAGGAUCCAGCUUGCUUCUUUUGACACCUUGAUGUGAAUUGCCGGAAGAGUGCCAGUCUUUGUGCCUAAGGCAGAGAAGAGCAACAGGAAGAAUGGAUGCUUCUCCUGUAAAGGCACCACAGGGUCUGUUGACAUUCAGAAAUGUGUCUGUGGACUUUUCCCAGGAGGAGUGGGAAUGUCUAGACUCUUCUCAAAGGGCUCUUUACAUGGACGUAAUGUGGGAGAAUUAUAGCAAUCUAGUUUUUAUAGAGAACCAUUGCGUAUGUGGUAAAUACGAGAAAACCUUGGAUCAAGGUUCAAAGCAUAUUGUCCAUCAACAUGUGAAUACACAAGAGAAUUCUUACAAAUGUUAUAAGUUUGGUGAAAUGAUUCAUAAAUCCUCCCAAGUUGUGCCUAAUAACACAAGUGAUACUACAGAAAACUGCAAGGAGUACAGAAGUGAUAGCCACAGUGAUGCCUCUAAUGAAUCGUCGAACCCUAAGAGAUAUAAAAAUGGGAUCACCGCAGAAGAACAAUAUAAAUAUAAAGAUUAUGGGGAGUGUUUAAAUUUGUGCCCUAUCAUUAGCCAAUAUCAACGAAUCCAGACUGGAAAGAAGGAACACAAAAAUACAGAGUAUGAUGAAGUUUUUAACUCUAAACAUAAAGUAAAGGUGAAACAAAUCCACAGGGGAGAAAAACCAUACCAAUGCAGGAAAUGUGGAAAAUGUUUCAGGACCUAUUUGAGCCUCAGUAGACAUCAGAGACCUCAUCCUGGAGAGAAACAUUACAAGUUUACAGAAUGUAGUAAGUCUUUUCUCUAUUUGUCACACCACAAAGUACAUUACAAAAUCCAUUAUGGAGAGAAAUCCUACAAAUGUACAGAAUGUGGUAAGUGCUCUUAUCAUUCAUUGGGACAUCAUACUGGAGAGGAGGCUUACAAAUGUAAUGAUUGUAGAAAACCCUUCAUAUGCUACUUAGGUCUUAGAAAACAUCAGAAUAUUCAUGGAAGAAAGAGGCCUUAUGAAUGUAAACAAUGUAGCAAGUCCUUCUAUACAUUGUCACACCUUGAAUACCAUUGCAGAACCCACAGUGGAAAGAAGCUUUACAGGUGUAAUGAAUGUGGUAAAUCCCUUUCCACCUCCUCGGGUCUUCAAAGACAUCAAAGAAUUCAUACAGGAGAGAAAUCUUAUAUAUGUGGUGAAUGUGACAAAUGCUUUAUCCAGAAAUCCCAACUUAAAACACAUCAAAAAACUCACACAGGAGAAAAAACUUACAAAUGUAGUGAAUGUGGGAAAUCCUUUACUGUUGGCUCAUCUCUUAGAAUACAUCAAAGAAUUCACACGGGAGAGAAACCUUACAAAUGCAGUGAAUGUCACAAAUGCUUUAUCCAGCAAGCCCACCUUAGAAGACAUCAGAAAACUCAUACAGGAGAGAAACCUUACAAAUGUAGUGAAUGUGAGAAAUCCUUUACUGUUGGCUCAGAUCUUAGAAUGCAUCAGAAAAUUCAUACUGGAGAGAAACCUUACAAAUGCAGUGAAUGUGACAAAUGCUUUAUCCAGAAAGCCAAGCUUAAAAAACAUCAGAGAAUUCAUACAGGAGAGAAACCUUACAAAUGUGCUGAAUGUGAGAAAUGCUUUACUGUUGGCUCAGAUCUUCGAACACAUCAGAAAAUUCAUACUGGAGAGAAACCUUACAAAUGCAGUGACUGUGACAAAUGCUUUAUCCGGAAAGCCAAUCUUAGAAGACACCAGAGAAUUCAUUCAGGAGAGAAGCCUUACAAAUGUAGUGAGUGUGAGAAAUGCUUUAUCCAGAAAGCCAAUCUUAGAACUCAUCAGAGAAUUCAUACAGGAGAAAAACCUUACCAAUGUAGUGAAUGUGGAAAAUCCUUUACCGUUGGCUCAGAUCUUAGGAAGCAUCAGAAAUGUCAUACUGGAGAAAAACCUUACAAAUGCAAUGAAUGUGACAAAUGUUUUAUCCGGAAAGCCCACCUUAGAAGACAUCAAAGAAUCCACACAGGAGAGAAACCUUACAAAUGCAGUGAAUGUAACAAAUGCUUCAUCCAGAAAGCCAAUCUUAGAACACAUCAGAAAAUCCAUACAGGAGAGAAACCAUACAAAUGUAGUUACUGUGACAAAUGUUUUAUCCAGAAAGACCAUCUUAGAACACAUCAGAGGCUUCAUACAGGGGAGAAACCUUACAAAUGUAGUGAAUGUGACAAAUGUUUUGCUGGUGGCUCAGUUCUUAGAAAACAUCAGAAAAUUCAUACUGGAAGAAAUCUUACCAAUGCAGUGAAUUUGGCCAAUCCCUUAUCCAGGAAGCCCACCUUAGAACUCAUCAAAGAAUUGAUACAGGAGAGAAAUCUUAUAAAUGCAAUGUAUAUGACAAACUCUUUACCUGUCUCUCAGGUCUAAGAAAACAUCAAGAAAUACAUACUGAAGACACAACUUUCUAUACUAAGUAAUAUGGCAUAUGCUUUAUCCAAACUCUGUCCUUAUGGACCACUACAGCAUCCACACUAGGGAAUUAUUAUGGACAUGAGAAAUGUGUGAAAGCCUUUGAGUAAUGUUCGAAUCUUAGGAAACAUAAUCUAGACUUAUUUCAGAAAAAUUCUGCAAAUGUGACUAACAUAGGAAAUUUUUCAUUAAAAUGUUUUACUUUCUCACUGUCAAAUAAUUCAUAAUGAAUACAAAAUGGAGAAGCCUGAAGAAUGUGCUGUUGUUUGUCAGUUUUCUGGAGACUGUAGGGAAGAUGAUUAAGAUUGUAAAUAAAAACUCAAAAGAGCCUCCAGAUGUCCCUGAAACUGUCAGGAAUCACCAUGUUUAAUUCCACUGAAGAAACUUAUACCAGUCUUGGUGUAUAGAAUAAUUGAGCCAGUAAGAUACAAUACAUGUAGAUAUGCCUACAGGUGUAUAGUAUUCUCUGGGUGUCCAUUGUUCAUAAGCUGUAUUUUGUGCUGGUUUGGCAUUUCAUGAUGGCAACUGUCUUCGAUUCACUUUUGUUCUUGUAAACAACUCCAUUCUUGUAUUUAUGUAAGUAAUACCAUUAAAACCCAUUGGUUCAACUAGAUGGAUUUCAGUGGCAAGCAUACUUGGUUCUGUUGUCAGUUCCCACUUUGGCUGAGUGGGUGUAUAUGAAUGCUAUCUCUUUCGUGGAAAAGUCUCUCAUACAACAUGUGCUGUAACUCUUAAUUGUUCCUCUAAACUUGUAUACCAGAAAAUAAAUAUUAGAGAGAAAGCAUUUGGGUUAACUAAAGUAGGGCAGAUUGAUUGUCCUCACUGCUCUGGGCUUACUAUUAUGGUAGUACAUAGUCCCACAGAAAGGGGCUCAAACACAGACAGAAUGUUGAGGAUUAGGGAGCCCAAGAAAGAAGGCCACUCUCCCUUGCAUUCAUGAAGGAGAGUGAGUGGUCUGCAAUGGGACAAAUGAAAUAUUGGUGCAAGCCUGUGUUAUUGAAGGACAUCAUCCAAACUGGGCUAUGCUUAUGCAUGAUCAUGAACUCAUGUAUAGACUCCACAAGUCAGUCAAUCUCCAAUAACCCUCAGUACAUUGCUGUCCAUGGGUAAAUAUUGAACACAAUUUUGCUAUCAUCACAUCCCGCUUUACCUUGAAAUUCUACUCUGUGAGCCUCAAUGAAUGAAUCAAAUCCCAUUUGUUAAAUUCUUUAUACAAUGCCAAUAUUGCAGACAUCAGAAAAUUCAACAUGAAAUAAAACUCAAGAAAGUACUUUAAUAAAGACAUAUAUUCAGCUUAAUUCCAUGUGUGAAUUCAUCUAUACAAAUAUCAAGAGACUACAAAACUUUAAAAAAUAACCUAUAAGCAAGAAAAGAUGUACAUGCUCAUAUACUACUCAGAAAUCCCCAAGGGUGUGCUGGGAGAGCAUUCUGAAGUACUGAAAAAGAUGGUGAAAUAUUUAGUCUGAUUCUAAAGUACUAUAUCAGAAUAUUGAUACUAAAAACAGCAAGGCUCAAAAAGUUUAGACUUUAGACAAGGUAACAUGUUACAAUGAGCAAAAACCAUACCAUUGCCUAAGUUUUUUGUGGAUUUUAUUACAAGCCGAUACUCAUAUUCAACUAAUAGGGGAGUAUUGUUUGAGAACAUUUGGUGUUCUCAGUUUUGGAGUUUGGUAAAACAUAAACGCAAGUGGUUAGUACAAUCUUGAGUUUAUUUAUGCUCUUGUUGGCUGAAGAGGAUGUGAUAAUUUGUAUCAACUGCUGAUGUUUUAGGGAUAGUUAAUCUGAUGCAGGAUACAGAGAAAAUUUAAUCUUCUGGACUGGCCUUUAGUAAUCUGUAGAAUGCAACCAGCUCAACAGACAUGUGGGAUGCCAAUGUUGGGUGUUCCCUAGAGCAAGAUGCCUCUGCUUGAUGACAUUAGAUUAUUUCUAAUUCAGCAAAGAUUUCCAGGGGUCAAAUUAUAAACAUGUACAAUGAAGAUAUGUGACCUGUACCCCUCAUACAAUAUUGUUUUCUUUGUUCUGUACUCAUUUAUACAAAGUUCUGAUGUAUGAUAGCAGCAACACCUGGGAAGCCGGGUAGAACAGGUCUGACAGCUAGAGAACUGUGGAGAAGGUAGUCUGCACAGAGUGGGACAAAUUGUGUAUCAGUGGAGCUGGGACAAUUACCUGAUCUGAGGAGUGAUAGGGAAAUGAAGCAUAGAUUGUGUGGGUUUGGAAAUUUCAGAAGCAAUGUCAUUUGUGCAAGUGGAUGAUGAGAUCUAGAUUAUAGGAGCCAUGUUAACUGAACCAGGGCAUGAUGUUCCAGAAAACCUAGCAUUCCCAGAGGGACCUCUAAUAACUACAUUGUUCAAAACCAAAUAUAGAACACAGGUGUCAUCUCCAUAUCUUGUAGGGACAGAAAAGCUCCCCUCAGCUGAAGGACACCUUGUGUGGCUUCUGAAAGAGUUAUCUGUCAGGAGUGCAGUGGGGGAACCUGAAGCCCAGUGGAGCUGAAGGACUGGGAAACAGGCAUGGGAAACCUAACCAGGGGGGUUAACUAGUUUUGCUGCUACUGUGCAGGACACUGACUGUCAAAUUCUGUUGUGGGUAUCUGCCCAUGUCUGUAAAGUUUAGAUCAUAUGAAUUGGAGUUAUUGAGAUUCUUUUCAUUUAUAUUAUGGUUGCCAGCAUAGUCACAGAAUAAUCUGUAAUCAGGGUUCUUGUGCUAUUGUGGCAAUUACAAAGCUCCUGGAAUUUAAAUUCACCCAUAAUUUCUAACUUUGCCAUUCUACUACUUACCUAUUCAAGAUAGUGGAAAUUUGUUCCUGUGACUAGUAUCCCAGUGGCUGCUUAGAAAUUAGUCCCAUGAUGCUGGGUGGUGGUUGUGCAUACCUUUAAUCCCAAGCAUUUGGGAAGCGGAUGCAAGCGUAUCUCUGAGUUUGAGGCUAGCUUGGUCUACAGAGCGAGUUCCAGGACAGCUAGGGUUGUUACACAGAGAAAACUUAUCUUGAAAACAGAAAAAG